UUCGGUCAGCGUACAUCUUGAGUAGACCAGGGACGCAGCUCAGUGGGGCCACCUACAAUAGUUUGUGAAAAUAAAUUAGCAAAAAAAAAAAAAUGCCUUCGUAUAAAUACACCUACUUCCAUUUCAAAGCCAGGCCAGAAACCUGCCGUCUUCUAUUCUUGUUGGCCGGAGUGGAAUAUGAAAAUAAUGCCAUCGAUCACGACAAAUACUGGGCUCUGAAAGCAGCUGGAAAACUUCCAUUGUCCCAGUUGCCUAUUCUCGAGACAGAAGGAAAAGUUUUCGUCCAGAGCAGAGCAAUCCAGAGAUAUCUUGCCAGGAAAUUUGGUUUCUAUGGAAACGGAAUAGAAGACGAGCUCCUGAUCGACGAGGCCGUUGAGACCGCAGAAGAGAUUCUUGACUACGCCAUGCCAUGGAUCUACCGAGAGUUAGAUGAGAAAAAGAAUGCCGAGUCGAGAAAAGAUUACUGGGAAUCCCAUGGACCCCGCCUUCUUCCAUUUCUAGAGAAGAGAUUGGAAGGUAGCACUUCUGGAUUCUUUGUAGGAGAUGCACUGACUGUUGCUGAUGUCUCUGUCUUCAAUGCUGUUGAUAUCCUCUACGACUGCGCCCCAGAGGAGCUGGCUCCUUACAAGAACCUCCUGUCACACAGGACGAGGAUUGCAAGCAACCCAAAACUUACCAAGUACCUCGGAGAGAGACAGCUAGUCCCGAUCAGGCAAACUUUCCUUGGCAUCCUUGCAUUGAAAGAAAAAGAAAAAUCAAAUUAGAUAUUUGUUCCAUUAAAUGUCAUGCAUACUGAUGUUCAGAUGAAAAUAAAAUUGUUAUUUGUUAUGUUAAAAGUAUGGCGUAAACGCCCCAGCCUGGUCCUUUAGGCAGACAGUCCCAGAAUGCAAUCGUUAAACAUGCCCCUCUAAAAUAAUAUCCGCCAUAUCUAUGGCGGUCAUUAUUAAGUUUUGAUAAACCCGCAACUCCUCUAAAUCCUUAUGAACUGAUAAAACGUCUUGUCGCUCCCAUUUUCUCAAACUGCCAAAUUGGCUGAAAAUUCAGGGAGGGGGGG